AUGCAACUAACCGACGACCAUAAGAAAGACCUGGAAAAGCUGGGCGAGGAAUUGAAGGGCAAGGAGGAGCACACGGUGGCUGGGGAGGAUGAGGAAGAUGUCAACCAUGGCGCCGACGAUUCCGAAGACGCCGAAGACGAAGACGCCGAAGACGAGAACGACUACACCGAACUGGAUGUGGACAUUGUGUGCCAAUUCAUCAAGGACGCCGCCAGAGAGGCCGAGAAGACGGGCGACUACAUUUCCUACGCAACCGUCAUCGACAUCCACUGCUCGGAUCCAUCCAGAUACAAGCACGUAGACAGGGUCAAGAUCCUCACGUCUCUUCUGGAGGUGCUGCGGACCAACCCCAAGAUUUGCGAGGAAAUUGGCUGGGAUCUUCCAGCGCUUUUGCUGCCCUACUUCAAUGUCGAGGACUUUGAUUUCAACGACGGUCUCGAGGGUCACCCGACCUUCUACCCUCUGAUUAUGCUGUUCUCGACCCUGGCAGAGUACGGCAACCCCAAGGAGCUGUUUCUCAAGACCGUCGAGACGCUCAGUACACUGACCUGUGACCGCGCACCCGAAAAUGACAAACUCAAGUUCAAACAGGCCGAAUCUCUACGGAAAUUCGAGGUCUGCAAGUUCCACGUUCUCGAGGAACUCAUGAGCUCGUGCAUGAAGAAAAUCAAGACCCAGUACCCCUCCCGGUUCUUGGCUUCCGCUGCUUCCGCCAUUCUCAUGUUCUCCGCUCGAAAUGCGGCACUUUUCAGACACUUCCCUCUCAUUGUCGGCAUUCUGGCUAGAAGAGUCUACGUAUUUAUUCGAGACUGGGGGAUGGACGGAGACGAACCCAUGGACAUGUCGCCUGACGAACAAGCCAAGAGCGCCAAGAUUCUACAGUCCCUGUCCACGUACUUUUUUUACUCGUGGUUCCACCGGGUGGCUGUCCGAUGGAGUAGCAAUCUCUUCCGAGAGAUCAAACACUCAAUCCACGAGUUGCCCAGAGCCGAAAGAGCCAAGUACGACAACCCGAAAUCAAAUGGAUCGGCCGUUUACACCAUUUACAACCGAUGGGGCACUCUGGCGCUAUCUCUGGAUCUUGAUCCCAGUCAAUAUUUCCUUCCUCUGAUCCAGGAGAUCCAGGAGGACGUCCAGGAGGCCACCAAGGGAGGGUUGGACGAUACUCUUGCGGGAUUCAGCAAGAGUUCACUUUCAGACGCCUCCCCCAUCGCAUUUGUUGACUACAGCAUGUACGAUGACGCCUCUGAGAUUCCUCUGUCUCAGGAGGGUCUGCUUAUGCUUGCUACCCAGUACAUGAUGGAGAACCGCGACCACAGUCUCAAUAUUUCUCUAGAUCAGCUGGUUUCUCUGACACUAUAUCUUGUGCACAGAUCCUCCCCUAAGGAACCUCUUCCUUUUGCCAUUACAGACUUGCUCCUGUUCUGGGGAUGGUGGACUCUCAAAGACAUGGAGCGUCCCGAGGUGCGACAACUUGAUGAAGCAUUUUACGUCAAGUAUCUGCAGUUCCUGGUGUUUAUUUCGGCAUCUUCUCCCUUGCCCGAAAUCAGAAACAUUGCCUACACACUCUGUGGGCGGCUGUUGUACCUGCAGCACGAGUCUGUCUCGUUCGCCUUCAUCGCAGACACUAUUGCGGAUUGUCCGUUUGAGAAUGCCCAGGUAGCCAUGGUAGGUAUUCUCAAGCGUCUGAUGAUCCCUGACGAGAUCUCCGACCAGCUCUCAAAACUCAGAAUUCCCGAUGUGCCGACCCGAGAGGGAGUCGAACACCAGAAGGCCUCCCAGACCACCAUCCCGACAACUCCCGAGCAUGUGGAUACUAUCAAGAGUCUUUGUAACGCUGCAUUGGAACAGGAGAACACGCACCUGGUGAUCACCUGGCUCAACUUCCUGUCCACAGUGAAGCUGGACUGCGGUUUCGCGGGUGACUAUGCUGAGCGGGUGGAGAAGGUGAUUGACGAGGUGGAGGAUGAGAACGACCGGACUCUGAUUAGACUGGCUCUGGACGUGUUGGCAAAGACCGUCUAG